ACUGGCACAAAGGAGCAGAACUGUCUGAGCAUGAGGCGUGCUGAGUCAGAAGUGCUGAGGCUGUCACAGGAAGAGAUAAAGUGAGGAAAGAGAAGAACUAGAAACUGAGUGACUCAGAAAGAGAAGUGGAGUGGAGUGGAGUGGGCUGGAGUGGGGUGGGCAGGAAACAGACCCCGAGGACAAACAGCAAAACACACUCACAUUGUGACACACAGACGGAGAGCAGGAGCUCAACUCAAGCUCCAGUUUUGCCCUGGGGAAGAAGCCGGGUGGUUUGUGAGUCUGGACCUUAUGAGAGGUGGGAAGCCAGUGACACCUUUUUUUGUUUUGGAAUUGGAAAGGACAGAAACACAGGACUGAGUUGUGACAGAAAAGAGGAGGGAUUUCGCCAUGAGGGCAUCUUAACGGACCUGAAUGUGGAUAUGCUAUCAUUCCUUUUGUGCACUUCGCAGCUCGUGGUGGAUGAGGACUUCUUGAGUGAGGAGGAGGCUCAUUUGUGUGACUUAUUUUUCUGAGUAAGUAAAAGCUCAGCUUGUAACUUGUGGGGUGCAGCCUUGUUGAGAGACAGGGCAGGGGGAGGGGAGGACACUCCAGCCUGAAUCUCUGUCCUCUGGGAGGGGUCUUUUCAACAUGAGGUAACCCCCAAAAUAACUCCAUCAAGACGGGAGGGAACCAUGUUGACCAUGUGCAGCAGUCUCUAACAUGGUGAAUUCAUUGUUCAAGGCAGCCCACUCAUUACAUAGCUAUUAUAUAACAGACACCCCUCAUCCCUCCAGUCUUUGUCUCUAAGAAUGUACAACAAUACCCUCCCCACUGACAACUUCACCAUGCGAUUGGUUGAAAAUAACUCUGCCUGCAUCAAAAAUGAUGGCUUCAAAUACCCACUGUACAGCUCCAUCUUCAGCAUUGUGUUUGUGGUGGGACUGAUCACCAACGUUGUGGCCAUUUACAUAUUCACCUGCUCUCUUAAGCUGAGGAACGAGACCACAACGUACAUGAUGAACUUGGUGGUGUCCGACCUGCUGUUUGUCUUCACACUGCCCCUGCGGGUCUUCUACUUCAUCAGCCAGAACUGGCCUUUUGGAGGGGUACUCUGCAAGGUCUCCGUCUCGCUGUUCUACACCAACAUGUAUGGCAGCAUGCUCUUUCUCACGUGCAUCAGCGUGGAUCGCUUUUUGGCCAUCGUAUACCCUUUUCGCUCAAGGGCGCUCAGGACCAAACGCAAUGCUAAGAUAGUGUGUAUCGCUGUAUGGGUGCUGGUGCUGUCAGGGAGUCUCCCCACAGGCUUCCUGCUGGAGACCACCUCACAAGAGAACAACAAGACGAACGCCACUUUCUGCUUCGAGAACUUCUCCUCCAAGCAGUGGAAAUCUCACCUGUCCAAGGUGGUGAUCUUCAUAGAGAUAGUGGGCUUUGUCAUCCCGCUUCUACUCAACGUAUGUUGCUCCAUCAUGGUGUUGCAAACCCUGCGUAGCCCGCAAACCAUCAGUCGAGGGGGGAAGCUGAACAAAACAAAAAUCCUACGCAUGAUAAUUGUGCACCUCUUCAUUUUUUGUUUUUGCUUCAUCCCCUACAAUGUAAACUUGGUUUUCUAUGCUCUGGUCCGCACAAAGACUUUAGAAGGCUGCUUUGUGGAAUCGGUGGUCCGAACGAUCUACCCAAUAGCCCUCUGCAUUGCUGUGUCCAACUGCUGCUUCGAUCCCAUUGUUUACUACUUUACAUCAGAGACCAUCCAGAACUCCAUCAAGAGAAAGUCUCAGGCCAGUCGUUCAUACGAUGUCAAGUUCUCAGAAGCUCUGCAGUCAGAAACCAGCUCCAACCUGCAGUGCAGCCUGAGGAAUCUCAAAGCUAAAGUCUUUCACAGCGAGUCUUCGGUUUGAUGGUGAUAUUAACAUCCAUCAUUCCAUAGAAAACAUCCUUGAGCCAAUGGAUUUGGAUUUGUUGGAGUGCUUUUCGAAGCACUUGCCAAAGACAUUCUUUUUUCCUCAUCUCGGUCUUCAUCUCAGGUCAAAUGUUUGGAUCCGUCACUGACAGCCUCUGCUCCGCAGUAUUACAUGACCUUUUGUUCACAUCUGUGGAUGUGUUAUUACUACUAAUUAAUUUCCCUCUCCAGUGGAAUAUACUGUAAUUGUGUUAAGCACAAUUACUCUGCCAGUGACCUGGAAGGGAAUGUGAUCACUGAAAAGCAGGACACUUAUAAUAUUGAAUGCCUGUAUAUCUGUACAUUUCUGUGGUAAGUUGUGGUGCUAAUGUUAGCAUAGUAUCUAUUAAAUUAACAUAAAGCUAUAUCAAGCUAAAGACUGUACAGGGCUUUGUUGUUGUUUUUUUGUGUGUGAAUAAGAAAUAGGUCACAGAAGUGCCUUUUUUGUUCUGGCAGCAUUUCAUUGUAGUAUCUUUGUCUGAAUAGACCACUAAAUGCACUGAUUCAGAAUUCCACAUACUGCACUCGUGCCACAGCAAUGAAUAAAAGUUUCAAAACUAA